UCAAACAUGGCUGACAAAGAAAACACAAACAUGGAAGUCGAUGAGGAAAAGAACAAACCCUAUGCUGACAAAGUUAAGUCACUCGUUGACGAUGUUACCCAAAGAAUAGGCAAUCAGAACAAUGUCGAACGUAAGAAGAAAGCCCGUGAAAGGCGCGCCACAACGGAAUACUGCGAGCAACUGCAGGCGUGGAUGUGGCAGUACUACACUGGAUAUGUGAACUGGCAGAGCUGGCUGGCAGCGUCAGCCAUGUCCUGCCCUUAUUAUUUACAGUCAGCAAGUGGGACGUCGACGACACACCUUGAUAUUAACUCACAGAACUGGUAUAAUAACGGUGCGUUUGGUCUUUCGUUGUCGCCGUAUCCACCUGCCGUCACCUCCUCCAGCAGCAGGGCAGGUGAGGCAGCUGGUGGGGCUGCAGUAUCCGCUCAGCCGCAGCAACUCCCGCAGGAGAACGGAAAUGCUCCGAGACCAGGUCGGGAGUACAGCAUCCCCUCACCUCUCCAAAGACUCCUGGCUGAGAUGGUGGAUUUCUUCAUAUUGUUUUUCAUCAAAGCAACCAUAAUCAUCAGUAUCAUGCACCUGAGUGGAAUCAAGGAUGUUUCCAAGUUUGCCAUGCAUUUUAUAGUGGAGGAAAUUGAUGAAGACACAUCGAUGGAGGAGCUACAGAAAAUGAUGCUUGUUGCACUUGUGUAUCGGAUAUUAGUGUGUUUUUAUGAGAUUGUGUGCAUUUGGGGAGCAGGAGGAGCCACUCCAGGGAAGUUUCUCAUUGGACUCAGAGUUGUUACAUGCGAUUCAUCAGUUCUGGUUCAGCCGAACAGGGUGCUUGUUGUGCCAGCAACUAAUGUCUCUCUGUCUGCAUCAACCGUCCGAGCCUUGAAUAAGAACUUUUCAAUUGCCUUCUUUUUCCCGGCCUUCAUCACACUUCUGUUCUUCCAGCACAACAGGACUGUGUAUGAUAUGGUAGCUGGUACAAUUGUUGUGAAGCGCUCCAGGGUCAGGUGACGCAGAAGAGCCCAGAAGAUAGUCAUACACUAUUGCUGAACAGGCACUCCGUGAUUUGUCUUUGUUUUUCUUCCUUUUUAAAUGCCUGCAGAACUCGGACAUUGUCCUUUUCAAGGUAUCAUCGGAACAUGCAGAAGCAUUAAGAUGAUUGCAGAGAGUUUGAUACACAUCAGUGUGAACAAUUUCAGUUCCUGAUAACUGGGGUUAGGUUUGCUCCGGACACAUACUGUAUUUCUGCAUGUAUGUCUACAUGCUGCAUUCACAAUUGUUCCUGUGCCAAAUUGAUGUCUCUUUUUGGUCUGAGGAAUGAUGAAAUGAUGGUAUAUGCUACCUUUUCGUUAACACAAGAUUUGCCUCUUUUUAGAUACUCUUUCAGAUUAAGGGCAGAUGAUCCUGUCACUCAGUAUUUAAAUCACUUAUCACGCAUUCAUGAGAUUACACCCUCAGUAUCGUUUUGUUUUAAAAUUGUCUUUGAGUUUUAUGCUCAGACUUUUGAAUUGUUGACCUUCAUCAGUGAAGGACUGGUGCAUCAUGCUCAGCUUUUAGAUGCUGAAGUACUUUGGUUCUAAGGCACAUUUAAAUGUAUUGAAGGAAUAUGUAUACCUGACCAUGAUUGCUCUUCCUUUACUCUGACCUCAGCAUGUGUGUGACUGAAAAGUUAAAGGUCCAAUGUGUAGGGUUUAGGGGGAUCUAUUGGCAGAAAUUGAAUAUAAUAUUCAUUGUUAUGGUUUUAUUAGCGUAUAAUCACCUGAAAAUAAGAAUCUGUAUGUUUUCAUUACCUUUACCAUUUGCCUUUAUUCAUUACCGCCAUGUAUCUGCAGUAGCUCUGAUCAAACAAACCCUUGUUCUAGAGAGGGCCUUGCACGUCCACUGUAGGUGAGGGUGAGGCAUGGGGUAUUCAGUUGGUUGCAAUCUGUAAGAUCAUCACUAGAUGCCACUACAGACUGGACCUUUAAUGUAUUACACAUUGUAUGUGAUAAACUGUUUUUUGCAUUUAAAAAGAUUAAAUGAAACCACUAAUUCCCUGCAUGUUUGACAUGUCUGUCUUCUAGCAGUUUGUCUGCUAUUUGAUAAUUCCUACAAUGUUUUGAUACUAAUUAAGCAGCCUCAUUAUGUUUCUAAACUGAAUCUGCAUUGGCUCAUUAACUUGCCAUUAUAUUUGCCUUAUGUAAUGGGUGCAUGUAUCAGUUUGUGUUGUAACUAGUAAUUGUUUUAUUAUUGUAUGUCAAGGUUUAAUGAGGAAGAAUUUCAAAUACACUAAAAAGAAUUCCAGUCAGAGAGAGACAGAGUGGUGAUGAAAGAAAAACCUGAAUAAAUGAGCAGAGCAAUGUAAUAAAUGAAGCUUCUGUGGGGAGUCACUCAGUAGUUUUAUGAGAAAAAAACACUGUGAAUCAUAACCUGUGGCCUUUAAUGUCACCAAUUCUCAAAGACUGGGGGAGAUUUUGGGUUGACUUUUUAGACAAUUCUCUCCACCAAAAUAGUCAAAUAAGCAAAUAUGUUUCUGAAAACUCUCCGUCAGAAUUAAUGCAAAGGUGCAUUGAAGCUGCUCUGGAAGCUUGUGGUGGCCCUAACCACCUGAUGGUGGUUUUACCUUUUAGCUCGCCUCAUUAUCCAGCACUUUGUGCCACAUUUUAAAGACAGUAUCUUCAAGGUUUUGUCCAAAUUGCUCUACAAAUGUAUUUUAUCUCAUAACACUGGGUGUUACGUAUAUGCAGUAUUCAUUGAACUGACAUGUCAAACAUUUACCACAUUAUGAGAGAUGAAACAGACCGUGAUAAUUCAUGGGCUGAUUUUCUAAGAUGCAGUAUUUCCUGCUGGGAAAUAUACUUCCACAAUAAAAUGUGUGAACAUAUUCCAACAUAAUUUCUUUCAGAAAAUAUUGACAAGCAGAUGUUUUUCCAGUUAAAUAUGUCAUAAUAAACUAACCUUGUAUCAUAAUCAUUGCAGUCGAUAGAUAGCAGUAAUUUGUAAUGUAUUAUUUGUCGAAAAAGAUGAAAUUAUU